CACAAGUCACAGCCAUCGUCGAAAGAAAGCUCACCGCCAACACCUGGCUACGCUACGUAGUCGUAGUGCCUUCGCCGAAACUGUGACGAAAAUGGCACGGUGCUCGCGCGCUUGCCUCCCGCUGCUGCUGCUGCUCUUCGCGUGUGGCCUUGUGCAGAGCUCCUACGGCUCGAGGCCGUCUCCCCGGGGGGCGCAGGAGCACGGGGCGCUGUCUCCGGCGAUGGUUCACGGCGACGGGGCGAUCGGAUUCCGGCCGUCGACGGUGAAGGGUGCGGCUGGUCGUCGUGGAGCAAACGAUGACGAUGGCGGCGGUGGUGGCGUUGAGUCGUCGGAGCAGAGGGAGGGUUCAGGGUCGCCGGUGCUGCGGCAGGCGCUGGGAAGGAUGCUGCUGGGCUCGAAGCUGGCGCGGCGGGUGCUGGGAGGGGAGGCGGAGGACUCGGCGGCGGGGCCGUCGUGCCACUCCAACAACGCGCACAUCACCUGUACCCCGCCGGCGCAGCACUGACCACUGACCAGUGAGGCAGUGACCAGGGUGCUUCUCGCAGUAGUCUCGCUCUGCCUGCAGGAGCUAGUCCCAGCUGAUUCCUUCGUCCCUUGAUGAUGCAUGCCUUCAUGUAAAUUAACAGUAGGUCUUUGGAAUUCGUUCUUCCAGAAAUGUGAACUUUUCGUUAUUGAUGAUAUAUCAUUGUACUGUACUUCAUUCGUAAGACACCAGUCAAGACAACGCUUAUUGUCUCUGAUUCCAUUUGAGCCUCAAGUAUUUAUAACU